AUGACGGAUGUACUCGAUGAAGCAGAAGACACUUACCCUUUCGGAGUACCUGGUACCUUUGUAAUAACCCAAGUGGUCGGAAGAAGUGGAGGAGACGGAAAACUCGCUGUGUUUAUACAUGGGAUAAAACUAUGUGAAAACGUGCUGUCAUUUCAUUUCAACUGGAUAGUUUUGUACAAGGAAGUUUACUUCGUUUUUAAAAUGGCUAGAUUUAACCCAAUUCCAUGUCUAGCUUGUGUUUUACUGUGGUCGUUGAAUGUUUUGGGAGACAGCUCUACGGAAGAUCACCGUUGUCACAAAGUUCAACGUGAAUUUAUACACAAAAGGAUAGGUUCCUCUACUUUAGUUCCAAAUAAUCCCAUUCAUGAUCCUUCUGUUUCAAUAUGUUUUAAUGGUGCAAGAGACAAAGAAAGGAAGUCCUGUUGUACCAGCCAAAGUGAACAAAAAUAUGUGAUUGCUUCCGAAAAAUAUUUAAAAACAAGCAUUCGGACAAAAAACGCAUAUUUGAAAAAGUUACUGUUGGACCAUAUCUCGCAGUAUGAAGAGAGAAUAGGAAAUUUAGUGCAGAUGUCAGAAAAUAGUACAAUCCGUAUUCUCACAGACAUCUACAAUAUUCCUCAUUUGGAGCACCAAGACAUAGUCCGAGAAUUCUAUGAUGAAAUCCGACAGUACUUAAAGCACAAGAAACACAUGACCUUGUAUGGCAGUGUUGCCACGUUUUUCGACAAAAUAUUUCCAGCAGUUUACAAAAACGCAUUGAACGAUGGAUCAGUGACGGUACUUACGAAGGAACACCGCGAUUGCCUUAGACAUAAACAUCAGGAAAUAUCCCCUUCACCCUUCGGUAUUUUGCCAUCAACGAUUUCUUACAAGUUAAGUAAGGCUCUCAACGUUGCCAAGUCUUAUGUGGAAUUUCUUUCGCUUAUCGUCGAGGCAAUCAACACGACUGAUCACUUGACCAUCAACGGCAAAUGUAAAGAUCAGAUGACCCACCUUCAAUAUUGUUCACAUUGUGAAAGUUACGUGGAGGCAAAACCAUGUCGUGGGUUUUGUCUCAACGUCAUGCGAGGAUGUUUAGCACAGUUAUCUACCCUUACUCCAGAAUGGGAGGAGCUUAUCAGACAAGGUGUUCGAUUGGAGGGUGGCAUGAGCCAGACAAAUGACAUCGAAAAAAUUCUGAAUAGUGUGGAUCGCAACAUUGAUGCAGCUGUCAUGCAUGCCAUGGAGAGUGAAGACCUCUAUGACAAAAAUAUGAAGGCUCUUUGCAAUUUCCCUGUAAAAACCAAAUCAGCCAACACUACAUCGUCACACCAUUCCCACAAGGAACGGGGACACCAUCAUCAAGCACCACUCAACAGGCGCUCCAUUGGUGGUGACCUUUAUGAUCAAGUGGUAGAGGUCAUGAAGGAGCUGUUGACAUCUCUUCGGAUGUUUGACACCAUGUCCGAUGUGAUCUGUGACCAGGAACUUUACUACAACCAAAAUAUGGAAAGCGAUCAGUGUUGGAAUGGAACCACUAUUGGCAGGUAUCAUCCCAUGGUGGAAGGACUGUCAGCCUACGCACGAGCUGUAAACAUAGACAUGGACCCAAAGAUCACCACACUAAAGGAAAAACUCUUCCAGAUGAAAAUGAACCUCAAGGUACGAUACAGUGAACAGGAAGAACUGAUGUUCUCUGAUUCUGAGGACCCAAACACAAUGUUUCAAUAUGGUAGUGGUGACUCGCGAGGACAUAACAGCUUCACAUCUGAUGAUGAAGACUUGGACGGCUCGGGUAGUGGAGUCUACUCCAUUGGAGGAGAUGAGGGCAGUGCGGACGACCGUGUAGACAGACCACACGAGCCUGUCAUAACACGACACCCACCAAACCCAGAUGAUGGUAUCAAAGGUACAAGACCACCAGGUGGAGACAACACUGGUACAGCCUCGCACAUCUCUGUCUCCAUGAUAGCCAUGUUCCUUGGUGUAGCUGUAACCAUAUUCAUAUGAAAAGAAAACAAAAAAAAUAGUAUUUGUCUUGUUAUCAUCAGAUGUGGUGGAGUUAUGAAUCAUCAGAUGUGGUGUUGAUUCAGAUGUGGUGGAGUUAUGAAUCAUCAGAUGUGGUGGAGUUAUGAAUGAUAAAAAAUUCUGAUGAUUUUAAAUAUUGAUAGUAGUCAAAGGGGAGUAACUCCUAUAAUUAUGUCAAACCAAAUUCAAAUGCAGGUAUUGUACAAGGACUAAAUCACAUUGUCUCAAAAUUAAAUACCGAUAAUUUCUACAUCUUCAAUUGACAGCUAGGACAGGUCUACUGACUUUUUGCCUUUAUGUCAAACCAAAAAAGAUCACAUUUACAGUAUCAACAAGUCUUUACUUCAAUUUUCAAAUAAAGGAGUAUGAAAUUAUAGGAGAACAAUGCUGCUACUUUUAAGUAUUUUUCCACCCUCUUUUGCAUUAUUUUAUUCUUUUUUUUUAAUCUUAGAAAAUAGAUUUGAUUUAAAAACGACUACUUUCCUUCAUUAUGAUAUCUAUCUCACAAUUUCCUUGUAUAAUACUUUCAGAAAAUGAGAAUCAAAUCGAAAUACGGAAUCAAGUGCUAUUUAAUGUGAUUUUUGUUGAAUUGAUUUAUAAUGACUAAUUCAUAUUCUAUUUGUCUUGUGUCCUCCAGAGGAACUGUAAGGAUUCAUAAUGAUAUAUAUGGGAAAAAAAUUGUUGUUUACUGAAAAAUUUGUUUGGUUUGAACUUAGCAGCAAACAAUGCCCAAUAUCAAAAAUACAUUUUGUUUGAAGAAAAAAGAACUGUUUAUCAUUAAAAAAUGUUUUGACUUCAGUUUUAAGAAAAUUCUAAUCAACCCAAAUGGCAAUUUGAUUGACUUAAAUUGAAGUUUAAAUAUCAUUAUGUUUUCAGUACAAAAAUAAUGAAUUGGUAUGUUGAUGUGUAAAUACUUAAUGAAGAUGUCACUUAGGUUUGUCUGAGAGAAGUUCAUUUAGUUGUGAUGAUAUAACAUACUGUCCAUAUGUACCAAGAUUAUUUGAAUGUUUUAUGCUAUAAAGUAAAUGAUUAUUGAUUCUCAUUUCAAAGUCCUAUGAUUACCCUUGUGAGAAUUAUUUCCCUUACAUCAGCACCUGUGAGGUAAUGUGUAAGAGUUAUCUCCCUUACAAAUCCAUUUAGAACCAGGGGACACAUCACACUAAGGCAGCAUAUAUAGCCUAAAGUGUUUGAAAGUAUUUUCCUUGUAAAAUUUCAGUGUCAGGAUGUGGAUCUGAAUUUUGACUUUUCUGUUAUGAAGUGGUAUGUAAUUUGAAGUUAUAUAUCAGUUCAAGGGAGAUCAUUUUGUCACAUAACAAGAGUUAUGAUGAUUUUUUUGGUAUGUAAUACUUAAGGCACAAAAACAGCUGAUUCCCAAUUCACAGUAAUUGAGUCGCAGUUUGGUUGUUUGUUUCCUUUUCUGCUAAUAAGUAUACUUGCAGACCACAAGGUUACAGUAAGGUCGUUAUUGCGUUACUCCUGGAUCCCUCCAGGUAAGAGUAACAGUAAAGUCUUGGUAUUAUUCCUGGGUCCAUUUGAGAAUACCUUAAUGGCGGUUACUGUGCCAUAACUCCACACUUCGACCUAUUGUAACAAGGAUAAGGUUGUUGUGUCCUUUUUCUCUGACCUAUUGAGGGGAGAGCAAGGUUGUUGUCAUGGCAUUACUGUCAGAUUAAGGCGAGAGUAAGGCCAUUGUCUUGGUGUCUGUGACUUGUUGCAGUGAUUGUUUUUACCAUUGAAUGGUGAGAUUUUGUUUUAUUUGAGAGCUCUAAGCUCAGGAUUAUUUUGUUUUAGCAUAAACAACUCUAUAUAAGGAGAACCAUUGUGCUGCAGUGCCAUAUUGAUCUAUGAUUUUGGAACAUUUCUAAUGAAGGUAUUGAUUUUUCCUCAGACUUAGUUUGAAAACUCAACUGUUUUCUUAUAAUUCAUCAAUGUUUCAAAAAUGAUUAUUCCUGUCUAGUGAUGGGAAAUUGUUAUCAAUGGCUGCAUUUGAUAUCCUUAUAUGGAAGUUGUUUUAGGUAUGGUUGAUGAUGUUGGAAGCAACACUAAGAUGAUCUGUGAUCCUAUUAUAUUGUAAUUAGUGAUUAGCGUGGUGUAAUUAACAAAGUUUAAUGUAGUCUCAUUGUACGUAGAUGACAGAAACAUGUUACACGUGUAAUUUCUGACCGUGUCCAGUACAUGUCCACUUUACUUAGUCUUGGACACUCAAUAUUGUUCAUUUCUUUCCAAUUUGUCCUGUAUAUAAGUUAAGAAAAUAACAACCUUGGAUGAUAUUUUAUGACAUGUACAUGUAUACAAGUACAUUGCUUUACGUAUUAUAAAGUUGUAUAGGGUAAAAAGUAUUGUUCUUAUCACCAAAUCUUUGAAGGUAUUUUAUGUCCACUGAAUAGCCCAAACAGGUGUAAAAAAGGCAAAAAAGCUUGUUAGAAUAUACCAAUUUUUGAUAUCACAAAUGAAAAUUAGGAGCUAUAUUAUCAUCCUUCCCCGUUAAAUCUGUGUCCAACACUCUGUAAAUGUUUGUUUUCUUAUUGUUAUUGUUAUUUUGUCAAAUUACAUGUAUUGGUAGAUUACUUGUAUGAUAUUAAAUGGGUUGACCUCUAAACUUGACCUAUUAACACUGUGGGGAGCUAUGUACAAAGGUAUGGUGCUCAAAGUUCAAGGGGCAAAGUGAUGAGAAAUAUGAAGAGGUUAAGGUCACAUGAGGUCAAGGGUUAUUGUUUUUUGUUGGCUUUUCAUGCUGCACAAUGUUACUCAUUAGAAGCUUUAGAGUUGACACUAAGGGGUCGGAUGUUUGGGAAUAGUUAAUGUCGAAAAGUAUUAAAGUCAUGGGCGUGCCUCAUUUUUGUUUGUGAAGGGUGGGGCGGGGCAUGUGGUUGUGGAUUGUGAUGAACUCAUUGAAUAUAUCAAUAUGGUGAGGGGAGGGAUUAGAACAAAAAGUGGCAGAAGGGACGGGGUCUGUAUCACUGUAUACACCUAUGUAUAUAUCUUUUGUAAAUAUCAAUAAAUAUAUAUAUAUAUAUAUAUAUCAGUAUGAGUGCAAAUAAGUUGGUUUUUACUACAUCUAGUGAUCAACCAUCAUAGACCCAGUAACACGGUCACUCUGUGUUGUAUCGUAAAUCAAGGAAUCAUUUUUUAAAUAUUUUUACAUCUAAUGAUUACUGAUAAAGUGUGUUUCAGUUUUCUUUUUCAGACAUUAUAUGGAUAACAUUUUAGGCAGACAUUCAUACAGAGUAAGAUGUAGUAAAAAUUGACUUGGAACUUGAGUGAGAGUAUGUGUGUGUGCCUGUUCAUGAUGUGAUAUUAAAAAAAAAAUCUUGUACUUGUUAAUGAAAUUCAAAAUUUUAGCAUAAUCAGUUGAUGGUACAUUUAAGAAAGUCCAUCCGUUAUUGUACUCUGUGUAAUUUUGAUUUGAUUAUAUUCAAUUCUCCAUCUGUUCUCAUUAUACAUUCAUGAGUUUUUUGUUGGAAAAAAAAAUGUAACUUUUAUAUAAUCAACAUUUUACCAUUAAAAAAGGUGUAGUGAUGAUAUCCUCAUUAAAUUUUGGUUAUAUGAACAAGCAUGUAGUGGUCUUGACAAUGCACCUUAAAUGUUACAUUUUAGUCUAAGAAAUUAGUGAGGUUUUAAGAUCGUUACAAAUGCAAUAAGUUUUGCUACAACCAAAGAUCUGCGAUCAAAACAAUUGAACAUUAAAAAAAAAAUAAAAUUAGUCAGUCCUUUUAAUAGAUGAGAUUUGUCUGUGGAAGCCACACCUACUUUGGCUGAAUAAUGUACAUUACGUAAUGCUUUUGCUGUAUAAUAAUUUUUUGGCCUUAAUUAUCAUAUGAGUGUUGAUCAACAUAUUCCGGCCUAUCAGGUUAUUGUCCAGCAAAGUACUUAAUUUUUAAACAGAAAUAUAUGCACAAAUUGAUUUUCUCCAAUAAUCGAAUAAAAGAUAGAGGUUUGAUUAUAUUUGUUAUUAUUUCAGCAACAGUUUGAGAUAUGUAAGAAUUUAUUGUUUUGUCGCAAUAAUGUUAAAAGCUUCCACAUUUGUUUUUCAGGGGAGAUAACUUGCAUUUCAAGCAGAUAUUGUCAAUUGCCAGUAUUUUCAUUUAGUGUUUUUUUUCAAGCUUUAAAAUAUUUUAAUUUGAAAGAUGAAAAAUAAAAUGAAAAAAAAAAAAGAAAAAGAUUAGAAUAUUUUAUUUCUGUGACAAGUGUAGAAGAUUGAAAUAAUGUUCUGGUUGUUUUUCCUGUAUUGAUGUAUGUAAAAAUAUUGUUUACAGUGACCUGCUGUAAUCCAACCCAUUGGCUUUCUGUGGUCUCCGUUUUAGCUGGCUUGCUUUCAACUUUUCUGACAUUGUAUACAUAUCUUAUGUACUGCUGUCUUGUGUCUGUUGCAAAUCAUUCUGAUAAUAAAUUUCAGUACUUUUUAUA